GAGAAAAAAAAAAACAAAAGAGAGACAGAGAAUUUCUUGCUUUGUAAUUCGCGUAACAAAAAAUAAUUUUUUUAGUUGAAACAAAAAAAAAGUCAUUCUCAAUCUUUGUGAGUUGUGACCGUCUCUAUUAAACCCAGAUCUGAGAAUCAAAGAAAACUAAUUGAUUGUGCUGAACAACCAGAGAGAUGCUGCUGCUUCUUUUCAUAUUUGGAGAGGAUGGUACAUUAAAAAUGGGUUCUUUCUUUCAUUGCAUUCAUUUAUUCUUUCUUUCUCCAAUCUCCUUCUCUCCAUCAUUAGCACAACCCCACAAAUGGUUCUUUGACUUUCAUCAUUUCUUCAUCUCUGCAACAACCUCAUACAAAUUUGACUUCGUCCCAAACUAUAUGUGUUUUGCUACUUCAACAUCAAAACGAUUUUUUGAAAAAUUCGAAUGCUAUAAUCUCUCCAUAGUGAAAAGAUCUAACAACCUUGUCGUCGCUUCCCACAAUUUCAGCGAGCUUGAUGAUGAAGGAGGAACAGUGAUUUUGGGGCGGUGAGGAAAAAGCUUAGUGGAGAGAGAAGACGAAGUUAAUUAGAACACUAUUUUUAUAUUUAUUUUUAAUAAAAAAUAGCAUAGCCGGUUGCAGGUAGAUAGAUGUUUUAACAUGAAUGACGUGGACCAAUAGUUGGUCAAGUGUUCAAAAGCGUCUGUUAGAGCGAGUGUCGCUAGCAGUGCUCUUACUCCAAAACAGCAACCAAACAGAGCUAGCUGAAUUUCCAUAUUUACCCUCAACAAAAGUCAAAAUUACAAUCAAGUCCAUUUCUUGUCCAAUUCAUCUUCUUCCUCUGAACCCAAUUCAAAACCACCAUUGAUGAAUUCACUCACAUCAAAAUCUCCACAACAACACUAUUAAACGCCGCGUUUCGAUAAUUUCAAUUCAACAACAACAAGACAGUGAAACGCUGCGUUUUGACAAUUUCAAUUCAAAAAAAAAAAUGAGGUCUUCUUAUUCUUCUUCUUCUUCUUCGGGUGCGAUCAACGUCGCUAUGAGUGCUCAGAAGCUUGAAGUCGAUAAUCGGAUUUCUCUUCGGUUCUAUUAUCGGAUUGCUGAUAAUAUACUUCGACAGGCCGACAUUUUUCGUGCAGAGAAGAACAUUAUUGACCUAUAUGUCAUGCUUUUAAGAUUUUCUAGUUUGGCAUCUGAGACAAUACCGCGUCACCGGGAGUAUAGAUCAUCUCCACAAAGCAAGAAACAAUCAUUGAAAAAGGGAUUGUUGAUUUCUUUGAAUGAACUGGAGACGUUGAAACCGUUGGUCCAGCAGAAGAUCAAUGAGCUUAACAGCAAAAUUGCUCACCAACAAAAUGGACGGGGAAAUUUUCAUUCAAAUAAUUCAGUGGAUUUUUCUCCUGUGAGAAAGCAAACUUUGGCUAGUAAUAAUGGACAAAUAAAGGCAGUCAGAGCAACUGCCAAGGAGUAUGUUUACCAAGGAUCAAGUGGCCAACAGUUCUCUUAUGUCAGGCCUGUGGAAGAGCAAGUACGAAGACUAUCUCUAACUCUGCCACCUCCAAAAUUGGAAACUCUCUCUAGACAUUCUAUCCUUGGUCCCAAUGGGCUUAAUGGGCAGUGGCGGCCACCUACUAUUAAUACAGGGGUCAGGUAUCCAACUAACAUAGAUCUCUCUCCAGUUGAACUACCAAGCUUACGGCCUCCCUUAGAAGAUGUAUCUCUGAGUAAUAAAGAUAAUAGCAUUGCGGAACUCCAUAAAUUAGAUUUAAAUUCAAUUCCUACCGAUAGUGAAGACAGACAGCCCCAGCGGACUCAGGAAUCUCCUUCUCUUAUCUCUUUUGAAGCAACAGAAACCUCUGAUCGAAUAGAAGUUAUCAGACAACCUUCUCCUCCACCCGUACUUGCUGAAGUGCAAGAUUUGGUUCCUGCAGUGUCACCUCACAUUAAUGAGGGAGGAUGUAAGACAGAGAUUCCAUCAUCUGACAGUUGUGUUCAUGCCGAGUCUCCUCUGCAACUGCAUAUUUCAACUGCUUUGAUGGAAGACUUUAUGAAACUUGCCAAGUCAAAUACUAAGAAAAAUUUGGAGACUUGCGGUGUCCUUGCUGGUUUGCUUAAAAACAGAAAAUUUUAUAUUACUGCUCUAAUAAUCCCCAAGCAGGAAUCAACCUCAGAUUCUUGUCAGACUACAAAUGAAGAGGAAAUAUUUGAUGUGCAGGAUAAACGAUCACUUUUUCCCCUAGGGUGGAUCCAUACACAUCCUACUCAAUCUUGUUUCAUGUCAUCAAUUGAUCUACACACACAUUACUCAUAUCAGAUUAUGCUGCCAGAAUCUGUUGCAAUAGUCAUGGCGCCGACAGAUAGUUCAAAAAACCAUGGCAUUUUUCGGCUGACAACCCCUGGGGGAAUGUCUGUUAUCAAACAAUGUGAUCAACGCGGCUUUCAUCAACAUAACCAGCCUCCAGAUGGUGGUCUUAUUUACGACACAUGUACAGAUGUUUACAUGAACCCAAAUUUAAAAUUCGAUGUCAUCGAUCUUCGAUGAUAAUAAGAGUUUAUAUACAUGCACCCUUUCAUUGUGUAUAUAUAUAGACCAUGAUUUGUAUUUUCUCCUAUAUAUAGUUUUUAAUUUUACAGCCUGUGACAAUAAAUCAUGUCUGGCUGUAUUUGUAAAAAAAAAUGAAGAAAUAUUGCUUGUUGUAAUGGCUAUUCAUUCUUUGGAUAACCACUUUAACUAUUCACUGGUGCACUGCAUGCACAGCCAUUUCCUGCAA